CACAGCUGAUGACGUCACAACAACAACAUGGCGGCUACGAGAGACAACGAUAUAUCUCUGUGGUUGCACAAUAAGCUUGGUACCUCCUCUGAUACCUGGUCUGAAGGCUCCAUUUGCGCCCAGCUGAACGUUGAGGUGCUGAGGAACAUCAAGGAGUGCUUUGUUGAGCUGCAGACGCAAGUUAAACUGAAAUUAUUACUAUCUUUCUUUCACAUCCCGAAGAGAAAUGUUGAAGAGUGGCGGCCAGAGCUGGAAGAGAUCCUGGAGGUGGCCGUGGUGGACAGCGAACCCUGGGUAGCCAUGUUAGCAGAAAUCAUGAGAACCUGUCCCUCGUCUGGCCAUCUUAACUUAGAGAUAAGAGAACCACCAGAAAAUCAGCGCAUCACCCACGACCUCAUCACCGAACUCCGGAAAUUAGUCAAAAAACACAGUGAGCUUGGCCUUCUACCGAUGGAGUGUAAUUACUUGAACAGGAACGCCUUUUUGGCCGCUGCAGGGAGCCAGGCCCCACUCACCAAGCAUUUCGCCCUGAAGAGGAAGCCCAAAGCUGCUGCACUCCGCGCCGAGCUCCUCAACAGGUCUGCAGAUGCCCAGGCUAAUGUCAAGAAGAGCCAGCUGCCCACCGUGCCCGUCAGGUCCCGCGGAAUUCCCAGAAAGAUGAAUGAUACUACUCCCCUCAAGGGCAUCCCAAGCCGCCUCCCGGGGUCUGGCCUGCGGGGGUCCGGCCUAGGGUCCACACCUCUGUCGCGUCCGCUGGCUCGCUCUUCUCUCGCGCGCAAGGACGGAGGAAUCAAGCUAGUGGAGAUCACGGAGACACCCAUUAGUGGACAGUCCAAGAAGCGCAGGAAAGCACAAGAAGCAAGUGAAAACAAAGCCGCAGAGGAGGAAAAACGACGCGAGCAGCAACAACAACAACAGCAGCAACAACAACAGCAGCAACAACAACAACAACAACAGCAACAAACAGUGGUGGUAGUGGGGGGUGCUGUGGAGGGGGGGACAGCCACUGUGGGGGGUAAGGUGGUGUCUGGUCAACCGCAGCAAGUCACAGCGGCUACCACGACUACCACAGCCACCCCAGACUAUGCUGUGGGCCUUACCCCCUCCAAUCCCCCCACCCCAGGCACUCCCUCCACCCCCUCCACCCCUCUCCUGUCUGCGGCCACUGGUUCUGCCUCCACCUCCACCAUACAUACCAACGCAGUGACCGUGGGAAGCAUCGCCGCACCACACACCACAUUACAGACCACCACCCCAGGCCGCACCACCACCACCACCACCCUGCCCCUCGCCACCCAGCGCAUCAUCGUCACCCCCACCACCCAGACCGCCUCCUCCACCCUUGUCUACCGCACAGUGACCCCGGUGUUCACCUCAGAGGUUGUCGCAGCUCCUACACCCAUACCCGUGUCCUCAGCUGUGUCCGAGCCUCCCACGCCAUCCGGGCAGCCACAAUAUGCCACUCUGCAGCCAGUACAGCCUGAGCUUGUUUACUCCACCACACCUCUCCCUGCGGCCGCCACCAUCACCACCACCACACAGCCCAGUACACCACAGCCUUCACAGCCACAGCAAAUACCACAGCAGGGUGCUCAGGUCAUCACAGUCACCCCUGCACAGCCUGAGACGCAGCAGGUGGCCGUUAACCAGCCCAGCGCCACUUCACAGCAGUCCCAACAGCAGCAGCAGCAGCAGCAGAAACGUGGACUGUCUCUUACGAGAGAGCAGAUGCUGGAGGCGCAGGAGAUGUUCAGAACCAGCAACAAGGUGACGAGGCCAGAGAAGGCUUUGAUUCUUGGCUUCAUGGCUGGCUCCAGAGAAAACCCAUGCCCUCACCUGGGGAAUAUAGUGACAAUCAAGCUAAGCGAAGGGGAGGAAACAGUGGCCCAACCUGACGGCCCGAUGAUAACGAUGCUUGCGGAGACACACUUCCAGAUGAAUUACAACACUGGGGAAUGGAAGAGAAUUAAGAAAUAUCGCCCGUUGCCUUCCGAGUGAUCUGUUAAUUAAUGGUGUCUCUCUCUCUCUCUCUCUCUCUCUCUCUCUCUCUCUCUCUCUCUCUCUCUCUCUCUCUCUCUCUCUCUCUCUCUCUCUCUCUCUCUGUUGUUUAUCUAGUUUUCUUUCUCUUUUUCUUUGUUUUCUUUCUUUUUUAUGUUUACAAAGUCUCUCUCUCUCUCUCUCUCUCUCUCUCUCUCUCUCUCUCUCUCUCUCUCUCUCUCUCUCUCUCUCUCUCUCUCUCUCUCUCUCUCUCUCUCUCUCUCUCUCUCUCUCUCUCUCUGUUGUUUAUCUAGUUUUCUUUCUCUUUUUCUUUGUUUUCUUUUUUUAUGUUUACAAAGUCUCUCUCUCUCUCUCUCUCUCUCUCUCUCUCUCUCUCUCUCUCUCUCUCUCUCUCUCUCUCUCUCUCUCUCUCUCUCUCUCUCUCUCUCUCUCUCUCUUAAGCUCCCAAGUUUCUCAAGCUGUGUGAGAGAGAGAGAGAGAGAGAGAGAGAGAGAGAGAGAGAGAGAGAGAGAGAGAGAGUGUGUUGAAUGAAUGUUUGUUUGUUAGAAAAGUUGAAAAUAAAGAAAAUAGAGUUUGAAUUUGGUUAGAGGAAAAAAAUGGGAGUGUUUGGAGUUUUGUAAAGCUAUCGAUUGAAAGUAAACAUCACAUUGAAAGUAAACAUCGCAGGAAUUUUAACUGGAAAAGAGAAUAUUUGAGUCUCAGGUAAAAAAUAUAAAAUAAAUAAAUAAAUAAACUUGAAAUUGAUAAAGGAAAGGGAAUAAUUGUUAAAGGUUGAUAUCUGAAGAACGUGGAUCAUUUUGGCAGGAAAUUAACGAGAGGAAAUAUUUGAGUCUCCGAUAGAAAGUAGGAAGAAAAAAAAAACGAAAUUGAAAAGGAAAAAAAAUUAUUAAAGAUGCGUAUAAAAGUUGAUUGGAAAAAAAUAGAGGAAUUGAUGAUUAAACAAAAAAAGUGAAAAAAAAAUAUUAAAAAGAAAUACAUUAAAGAAACGGUUUGCAAAGUUUAUAUAGAUUGCAGAGAUAGACCGAGAGAAAGUUAUACAUACCUAAAUAUAUAUAUAUAUACAGCGGUGUAUGUGUGCGUUUGUAUGUGAGUACGUACGUGUGUGUGUGUGUGCGCAGUAUACACUUCUAUACCACCAGCACUCAAUUGAUAUACAUGAGUGUGAUAAAGAUGAAUAGACGGAUAAACAAAUGAUAAAGAAGAGAAAAACAUAAUUUGAGAUAGAGAGCACAUAUUAUUAUUAUUAUUAUCAUUAUUUUUCUUUUUUUUUGUUUUUUCUUAUUUUUUUGUACAUAUAAUUCCAGUGUUGUCAUAAUAGUUCAAGAAAAAUGUAAACAAAUAUUAA